AUGUUGCCCACACACUCGUCGCCGAAGGAGAAGAUGCAUCGUCAUGCCUUCUCAAACGGGGCGUAUCCGUCUACGGGAGGGAGCACCUUUUCCAUACAGCCUCACAAAUUCCAACCGCGCUCACAACCCGCGCUGAGACGGCGGAGACAGUUGAUUCAACGCCUACUGUUAGCUGGCUCCAUCUUUCUAACAGUGCUUUUCUUCUUCUUCCCCAAUCUGCGACCAAACCUGGGCCACAACCCCCUCACAUAUCUUAACUCGAACGAUGACUCGCAGCUCGAAACGGUGCGAUACUACGAUCUGAACAAUGUGCAGGGCACGGCGAGGGGAUGGGAAAGGGAGGAGAGGAUACUCCUAUGCGCGCCAUUGCGCGACGCAGCGCCGCAUUUGAACAUGUUCUUCGGCCAUUUGAAGAACCUCACGUACCCGCACAAUCUAAUCGAUCUUGCGUUCUUGGUCGGAGACUCCAAGGACAACACCAUUGCGCUCUUGACGGAGAAGUUGGAGGAGCUACAAGCAAACCCAGACCCUAAGCAGCAGUUUGGCGAGAUCUCAAUCAUGGAAAAGGACUUUGGACAAAAGGUCAACCAGGAUGUUGAGAGCCGCCACGGUUUCGCCGCGCAAGCUGGACGCCGCAAGUCCAUGGCCCAGGCACGCAACUGGCUUCUUAGUGCGGCCCUCCGCCCGACGCAUAGCUGGGUAUACUGGAGAGAUGUGGAUGUGGAGACGGCUCCAUUCACCAUCCUGGAGGAUCUCAUGCGACACAACAAAGACGUCAUCGUCCCGAAUGUCUGGCGGCCGCUUCCCGACUGGCUCGGAGGAGAACAGCCCUAUGACCUGAACUCGUGGCAAGAGUCAGAAACCGCACUCGCCCUUGCAGACACCCUUGACGAGGACGCUGUUAUUGUGGAGGGGUAUGCAGAGUACGCUACCUGGCGACCGCAUUUGGCUUACCUUCGCGACCCGUACGGCGACCCAGAUAUGGAGAUGGAGAUAGAUGGUGUUGGUGGUGUCAGUAUUCUGGCCAAAGCCAAAGUGUUCCGUUCCGGUGUCCACUUCCCCGCUUUCAGCUUCGAGAAGCACGCAGAGACUGAGGGUUUUGGCAAGGCGAGUUUUAUGGCCAAGCGCAUGAAGUUCUCCGUCGUCGGUCUCCCGCAUUACACCAUCUGGCAUCUUUACGAACCUAGUGUUGACGAUAUUCGACACAUGGAAGAGAUGGAGAAGGAGCGCAAAGCCAAGGAAGCCGCAGAGAAGGCGAAGAAGGAUAAGGAGAACAAACUCAAAGAAUCAUUUGAUUCGAAAUCUAGCGACUGGGAGAAGGAAAAGGCUCAAGUGCAGGACUUGGUUCAAAAGGCUAAAAACGAGGAACAAGAGAAGACGGAGGCGCAUGAGGGAAAGGAAGCAUCUAAGGAUGGGAAGAAAGAGGAUAGGAAGGAGGGCGGUAAGGAGGACAGGAAAGAAGACAAGAAAGCAAAGGAGGAAGACGAGGACGAGGACGAGGAGGAAGAGGACGAGAAAAAAGCGCCAGCGAAGGGAGCUGAGAGGGAGAGGCCAUAG